GGAAAGGGAGAGAAUGGAAGGGCAGAGGGCAGCCAGGAGCCUCCAGUCAGCUCCAACCCUUUCCACAAAACAGCAGCAGCAGCAGGAAACAGAGCAACUGUAUAAAGAACAGAAAAUUCAAACCAUGGUUCACAUUAGCAACCUCAAGUGUUUGCAGAGGCAUUUCUCGGAAUGGUAUAAAAUUGUGUUGGACCGAAGACUAUGUAUGGGUAAGGCCAUGGCCCUCUGCGACUGGAAGAGGCAGCUUAGAGUAUGGCGAGUGUGGCGAGUAGUGGUGUGGGAAGAACAAAAGCAGCGAGAGGUGGCGAGAACAGAGGAGGAGCUACGAACUGAAAACAGACAAUGCCGGUUGGCUGUGGAGAGUGACCGAAGGCGGUUGCUGCGACGAUGUCUGAAUGAGUGGCACCCAUGGUGUCGGAUGGAGAGGGAACAACGAGAGCUUUUGGCCCAGCAGCAGCAAACCCGCCGCAAGAUGACUGCUUUAAUUCAUUCUGCAUCAACAGGCAAACGCAAUGCUACAGAAAUCCCCGCUUAUCAACCAGUAAUGGCCCCACCUGAGGCAUCUAACCAACCAGAGACCAUGGAGAAGGAAGAUUACCACAGGUCAGGCACUUUAGCCCCUGAUGCCUCUGCAGUACAUCAGGAUAAGACACCUGUGGGUCCUGUGGCCCAGCCCACUCAGCCAUGGCAGGUGACCCAAAGGCAUGCAGCACUGACGGCUGCCGAGCUCCACAAUGCACGGCAGAGAGGUAAGGGUGGCGGCUUCAGCCGUUCAAAAAGCGCUGUGUCACCUGGCAGCAGGUUUGAGAACAGGCACGCCGUCCAGCAGCAGAUCAUCACACAGCAAAGGAAGCUGUUGAAGGAGCAGCAAGAGCAAAUUGCACGGCUGAAGGAGGCGCAGAGCAUGAUGGAUUUGGAGCUGGACAUAGAGAAACCC